AUGAGCCUGGUCUCCUUCUUCGCGCACGCGCUGGGCGCCUUCCAGCAGUCCAAGACGAGCUUCCGCGUGCUCUGCACGCUGCCGCUUAGCAAGCCCGGAGCGCUGGCGCCCCGGCCGCCGGGCGGCGACCCGCUGCGGACGCUGCUGGUGCUGGACUCGUCGUUCAACCCGCCGACGCUGGCGCACCAGCGCAUGGCGCUGUCAGCCAUGCCGACAGAGCCGGGGCCCGGCAGCCACCGCCUGCUCCUGCUGCUGGCCAUCAACAACGCCGACAAGGCGCCGCAGCCGGCGGCGUUCCCGGAGCGCCUGGCCAUGAUGUACCUCUUCGCGCUCGAGCUGCUGCGGAUCCGCAGGGGCCCCGGGGCCGAGCUCGGCGACAAGGAGGCCGAGGCCGUCGACAUCGCCGUCACCACGGAGCCGUACUUCCACUCCAAGAGCGGCGCCGUGGCCGCUAGCGACUUUUACCGCGGCAGCGGCGACGGUGGUGGCGAGGCCGCGCCGGAGCAGGUCUACCUGACGGGCUUCGACACCUUGAUCCGCGUCUUCGAUCCCAAGUACUACCCGGACAACUCGAUGCGGCGGGCGCUGGACCCGUUUUUGACGCGGUCGCGGCUGCGCGUCACCAUGCGGACGGACGCAGACUGGGGGGACGCGGCGGCGCAGCGGGCGUAUCUCGAGUCGCUGCGCGGCGGCCGGCUGGACGAGGUCGGCGGGCGGGCCGAGUGGGCUGACCGGGUGGACAUGGUGGAGGGCCGGCGGGAGGGCGAGGCGGAGGCCGUCAUCAGCAGCACCAAGGUCCGGCAGGCCGUCCGGGGCCGGGACUGGGCGGGACUGAGGGAGCUGGUCAGCGAUGGGGUGGCGGAAUGGAUCGAGACGGAGGGUCUGUACAACGAAGACCCUGGUCGAUCGAUGAGCGAACUUUUGUCGAAGCCCUGA